AUGCGUUGCUGCUCUCCUUUUUACGCAAGCUCCCAUACACGUCCUAUCUUCCAAUUGUUCGUCAAGAUGGAACACCUGGGUGAUACUCAUGACACCAAGGCAUGGUCUCAAUCGACAUUUGAAGACGACGAAGGCGUGCAGGCGAAUGAAUGGGGGAAGAAGCUUCUUUGUGUAAUGGAUCAUUCUACAAGUUCACACGAGAUGGUGUCAUUGUCAACAAUCGAUCGGGAGAAUUUCCUGUUAUGUUGGCCGCUCAUUCUUUCAAAGAAGCGUCAUUGUUUCAGCAAGCCAAUGAAGAAAAGGACGCCUCACCCUCUCGCAAUCAUUCGACUGGUGCAUCAACGAUCCACCGUAAGCACAUGGCUCCAGGCUGUAUGGGAUGAGCUUUAUCAUCAAGAAUGCGAUGAAUCAUUUCGUUUAUGCAGCCUCACAAUGCUUGGUGUUGGUCAACAGGCACAGCCAUCGACUGAGGCUGAUAUUUUCAAUCAAUGGGAUCAACUUCUUCACCUUAUCGAAGACCGACUUGAUGACAGCCAAAACAGUAUUCAAUACGACAUUGCCGAGAUUCUUCGAAGGCUUUUCCCCGAAGGAUCCCAACCGCUCACUCAGUUGUUACGAUUGGCCCAGCACUCUGAAAGAAUGAGCGAUGAUGAAAUCAGUAGCAUUUUAUCCCUCGACGAAGUGCAUGGACCAGAUGUUCCCAACACGUCCACAUCAACGCUGUCUGCAACAAGAUAUUAUAUGCGAUCCAUCAAACUCUCAGUGUCAGACCUUCGGCGAGCGUUAGAACAAUAUCGUUCAAGCUACUUUGAUCACAACUAUUGUGAUUCAUUCAUGGCCCAGAUUCAAGAUAUGCGACCUAAAGAUUCAGUUUGGCUUCGCUACAUUGGGUGCACUUUUGCUUCUACCUCAUCCGAUCGUCAUAUGGAUGACGUUCCAAGAGGUGCCUCUCCAACUCGCUAUAACAACUUCUGUGCCAUCUUGCAGACCACACUUGGACGCCCUAUGGACACUCGCGUCUUUGAAUUCACCCGAUUGAACCUUCAAGGUCAGCAGCCGAGACUCCCUAUGGAUCGUGAUAUUGUCGACGGCAUUGAGAUAUUUCUCAUUCACCUUUUCGGGAGAGAUGUCCUCUUGAAUUCCCAAGCAGGUGGCUAUUAUCGCUCCUACAACCCGACAGAACAAGAAAAGGAGUGCACUUACCACAUUGACAUGGAUUGUACAAGACCCCCCAUGUCUACGAGGUCGGUACAACAACGCAAUAUCACCACAAGAGUUCAAGCAUUGUUACGCAACAUGCAUAGUCAGCUCCGUGGCUAUGCUUCACCCAAGGCAGCAAGAUCAGCAGAAAUGCUUACCGACAGCCACAUCGAUUUCAUUGCUCAGCAAGCUACAUCCGGGUACACAUAUCAAGAAAACGUGAUACCAUUCACCAUUCUUGGUACGGAGAUUUCAUUGACAAGUUACCAUCUUCAACAACACUUUUUCGGUGGCUCGCAUUCCGGGACCAUAACAGCCGACAUGAUCAAGAAUAUUCUUUCCAUGUCUCAAUUGGGUGAUGUUCCCUUUUACGAUUUGUGGCCGCUACCAUCUCACCAUCGGUUGGACGAUCCUGACGCUGCUUGCUUUAUGGAAACGGCGGCCAAUUUGAUGCGUACCUUGCAAGCCCAAGUUAUUGUAACUCUUGGUUAUGAAGCAGCGGUUGUUGCACAAUCCAAGUUUCGUGAUCGAUAUGGUUUGGGUCCAUACGAAUACAACAGCGUUAUCGGUGAACCAGUAAUCAGCCACUAUGACACUACUUUUGAUUACGAAGCAGCAAAUUUUGGUGAUGAGCCUACUACUGGUUGGUUUAUCACUAUCGCACAUCUUGACCCUGGACCAGUGAGCUAUGGAUCAGUAAACCCAGCAACUUUGAGCUUAAUGUACCUUACAUGGGUGCGCACUCUCAUCCUCUAUGGUUGUUUGUAUCGAGUGCUCAAUGGACCUCCCACCCACCGCAUUGGAUCGAAGGCGUUCUCUCAACGGGUGCUGGAAGAAUUGCAUCGUCAAGAAGGAACAAAUUUGCCUCACUUGCUUCAAGCUGCACGUAGCACAUACCAACGAUUGCGCCAUGAUCUUGCAUCAGGACAACAUGAAGCAUCAACAUCUCGUGACAACCCACAACGAGCAUAUACAUCAGAAGAAGCUUCUGCUUUACGACAGCGGCAAUUUGAGCGAUAUGGGUAUACAAUUGGAGAACCAUACAGUGAGGAGCGUGAUCGUCAAUGCAAGCGUCUUGAGGCAAGCAAUUGGGCCAUGUUUCGAAAGCAGCGUUCUUUCACCACCGAUAUUGGCAAAUGGCGUCUUUGGUUUCGUGGUUUGCGUCCAAACACCAACAUUCUUCAAGCAGCCCUCCACGAUAUCAUGCUUGAUAAGACAGCCCCCAUUGGUGACUUGACAUCUGCUGAAGUGGCCUAUCUCCGAACGUGUCCACCACCACCACCCUACCAACGAGGGUCCACUGAAUGGAUGCAUGAUCCUGAAUUGGUUGCCUGGGCUCGACAAGCUACAAUGGAACGUAUGCGGAGUGGUCUUUCCAGUUCAGAAAGUAUGCGGAUCGCGAACCGAAACCGUAUAUUGAAUUAUUGGUAUCACGACAAAGGUGUUACCACCAUGUUCUUUAUGGUCAAAAGCAAAUGUGAUGGUCAUGGCCGGGUGCGUUUUCGAGUGGUGCUUGACGAUGGAACGAUGUAUGCAGCACCCGAUGGCAUCUACAUCGGUGCAAAAUUCAAAGGCACUGUUUACAUCGAUUACGAUCCUGAAAUUUACGAGCAUGGUGUACCACUGCCAUCUAUGGAGAAUUAUCACAAGAUCACUGAUGUUUGGCUACGAACCCACACACCACCCUAUUUCAAGGUCUUCCAAAGGACCGUCGAGCAUAUUGGAGGCACAGUGAGACAAGAAUUGACAAGUGAUGAGGAAUUUUCGUUCGAUCGCUUGGUGCCUUACUUCUUGGUGGAUCAUUUCUCUCAACAAGGCAAAGUGAUUUCGACAGCCAACCAAAGCACCACGCAUCCCACGGUUGCAGAACUGUUAACUUCCACUUUGGAGAAGCAUGGCACCCCACUGGAAAAGGUUGCAUGGCAAGAAAUGAUAUCCAAAGGAAAUUACAAGCAAUUCAAGGAUCGAGUUGACAAGGUGCAUAAGACCCCACGCGUUGAUCAUAACAAGAGGCUUUGGCUUAUACCCAAGUAUGAUGGUGUCAUUCCACAAGAAAAGCAGCAGGCACAAUCAUCAGCGACUCGAUUGCACCCUCGUGAGGAUCCUCCACCACUCGAGCUAGGGAAGCAAAAGAAGAAGCAAAAGGAGAAGCAAAAAGGAAAGCAACCACAACAAAAGCAGCCGCAACCAGCACCACAGCAAGCUGAAUCGUCCAAAAUGGCGCAGGCUCGGUCAUCAUCUCAAGCACAGACUCAAUCAUCAUCACAAGGACAGCAGGCUGGACCAUCAAAACAAGCACAGAAGAACCGGCCUCGUCAGCAACCACCACCACUUCACAUACAGAAGCAACCUCAAAAGAAGCCUCAAGUUCAAUCAUCUCAACAAGCACAAGCUCAAGCUUCGUCAUCUCAACCACCUCAAGGCCAAGCUUCAUCAUCACAGCAACAAUCCUUUGAUGAGACCAUCGCAACAACGUUCACAACUCGCAAAAGAGGAGACUAUACGAUCAAUGACCACAAUCCAUUUCUAUACUGGUGGCAAGUACACAAAGAGCGGUAUCCAGUUGGCGCUGUAUUGGACCUUGAUUACAAUGAUGCAACUUAUGGCUUUUGGGAAGAAUUCAAUGUUGCUGUCGACAAGUGGGGUGCCGAUCAUCAAUCCAUCCAGCCUUAUCUCAGAUCGCUUGUUGCCAAAAAGCCCCAAUCGCUCAACGCCGUUUUCCGUAAGCAUGGUUGGAAUGUCACACCCGCCAAGAGAGGCAAGACCGUUGCCAAGGGCAAGUUCAUCGCUGUACCAACACGGCCACUACCACAAGACACCUUCAUCGCUACGACAAUCCCUGAUUACGAAACUCAUCGCUAG